AUGGAGUUCACAAGGCGCUACUUGCCUAUGGAAUGGGAGGAGCGGUGGAGAAGAGAGAAAGAGCAAAGGAAAAAGGUGAUGGAAGAAGGAGGGGAAGAGUUUGAAAGGGAGAGCAGGAGGUUAACAUGGAUUAGGGCCUACAAUGACAGCAGAAUGGGGGUGAAGGAAAAAGAGGACAUAAAGAACGAGAGAACAAUUCAGAAGAUGACGAACAAGUGGAGUGACAAACAAGAGAGACAGAAGUACACUAAAAGUACUUACCCAACUGAGAUCUUCCAAGCAAUGGAGGAACUGAGGUGUUGCUCUGUUCUUACUGACCUGACCCUCAGUGUUGAGCAUGGACUUACUUUCCAUGCUCACCCUUUGGUCCUGGCUACUGUAAGUUCCCUUGUCCAGCAGAUGCUCCAACAGAGGAAGGAAAAGGAAGAAAGAGAGAUGUUUUUAUGUAUUGGUCCAGAAGUAUCUGAUUUGGGCAUAUCUGCAGUGUUGGAAUUUGCCUACUCUGGAAACAUAGCUGGUCUGAACAGCAAAUCUUUAGAUCAGAUUCAGGCUGCUGCUUUCUAUCUGGGAGUUCCUAGGGUUCUGGAGCUCUGCAAAGAAGAAGAGGAGAGGGAGAGAAAUAAAAAUGCAGAGAAGAAUGUAAGGAAAAUCGUUGGUGAAGAGCACAGAAAGGUCAAUCUUCAGUCCAUCAAACACAUGUGGGAAGAAAGAGUGGGCUGUGAUGUGGAGCUCGAGGCUGAAGGAAGAAUAUUUCAUGCACACAGGGUCAUCUUGAGUGCCAGCAGUGACUACUUCCGUGCAAUGUUCAGUAGUGGUAUGAAAGAGACCCACCAGACAUCAGUGUCCCUGCUAUUGAUGGGGGCACCUGAACUAGAAGCUCUUCUUCACUGCUGCUACAGUGGAGAACUUUUUCUUGAUUGGGGCUGCAUUUUCGAGCUCACCUCCACUGCUCUUCAGUUCCAAUUCCAACCUGCUCUCUCACUCUGCCUCAACUACCUGGAACAGCAAAUGGAUGUUGACAGCUGUCUGGAUGUGGCUGCUUUUGCUGAGGCUUAUAUGCUUCAUGAUUUGUUUGAAACAGCUGAAGACUUCAUCUUCAUUCACUUCCAGGAAGUUAUGGAUACUCCAAAGUUCCUGGAGAUGCCAGCUGAGAAGCUGUUGAACCUUCUGAGAUGUGAUGCCUUGUGCGUUCCAUCUGAGCUGACCGUCUUCCGAGCGGUGGUGAAAUGGAUUGAGGCAGAUCCAGCCCAAAGGCUAUCUCAAGCCCAGGAAGUAAUGACAGGAGUGCGUUUUCCACUCAUGACCUUCCGUGAGUUUCGUGAAGUCCGAGCUGUUAACCUGCAGAUGGAGUGUAGUGGUGGUGAUGAUGUACAUCUAUACCACACAGCACUAAAAGAAUUUGGAUUCGGAGACUCCGGUCCAAUAGUCCAGCAUCGCAUACGUUACCCCAGAGAUGUCCUUGUUGUUGUUGGAGGUGAUCAACUAAAUCCAGACGAAGGCAGACGACUCCCAAGCAAACAGGUGUGGUUUGCUAACUCCCUGUAUAGCGGUACAGGACUGGUCAAGGGUAUGGAGUGGAGGAUUCUGAGUGAAAUGCCAGAGGGAGCCAGGUUCAGACAUGGAAUCAGUAUACUUGACAGAAAACUCUAUGUGGCAGGAGGCUGCUAUUAUUAUUCUAAGGCAGACACAAUGAAAUCUGUAUACAGGUAUGACCCUUUAACCAACUCAUGGGAGAGACUGUCAGAUAUGCAGGAGCACAGGAGUAACUUUACCAUGUUGGUGAGGGGGGACAGUCUGUAUGCUAUUGGAGGAGACAGGGACAUCAGCACUAAUUUGGACAGUGUGGAAAAAUAUUCAGUAGAAACGGACACAUGGAGUUUCACACAUUCGCUGGACCAGCCUCUGAGUGGCCAUGCAGCUGUUGUCUGGGAAGGAGAGAUUUUUAUUUCAGGAGGUUUUAAUUUAAAGUACCAGUGCCUGGUGUCAAUGCUUCUCUAUCAUCCGGAACAAGGUACGACAUAUCUGGCAGACAUGGCCCAGGAUCGAGCUCAGCACUGCAUGGAAAGCUUGGCCAAGCGCUUCUACGUAGCUGGAGGAGUGUGUAACCUGCGAGAGUUCUACACUGAUCAGUUAUCCUGUGAAAGCUAUGACCCAAUAAGUGAUGCGUGGACUGCAUUCACACCUCUUCCUCUCUGCCAUGUUGGCGCUGCCUCAGCUGUCCUGGAGGGGAAGUUAUAUGUGCUGGGUGGUUAUUCUCAAGAAGAUUACAGUGAGGCGAGAUUAGUGCAUCGCUAUGACCCUGGAACUCAGAGGUGGGAGAAUAUGGGCAAGAUGGCUGGCCCUGUCACAGACAUCCGGGCUUGUUUACUCCACUUACCUGCUCAUAUGAGAAGGUCAGACGGGCAGAAAGAUCCGUAAUAGCCAUGUUGUGUCCCAUUCAUUUUAAAGCAAUACUGUUUUAACAGAUUAUAUACAGUACUUUCUUUUUGUCAGCUAUUAUCAAUGUAAUAGAACCG